AUGUUAUGUUGUAUGAACCGUAAUAAAGGCUCUUCAAAGCAAGUUACCCCGGCCUUAGAGAACCGGACAACAACACGAAACUUUGAUAUGAGAAACAAGUUUUUCUGUCUGGUUUGUGGUGGCUCAUCUUGCAGAAACGAAAACUGACUCAUCCACCCCAACCCAGCCCUCAAAGGUUUAAAUUCAAGCUGGGUAACUGAAAAUAUCAUUGCUUCACAGCGCCUGACCACAAGGAUUAUAAAAGAUUUCAAUCUUCUCGAAGAGUUCCAAAAGUAUAACAUAACAAAUGUUAUAAAUCUUCAGCUUCCAGGCGAGCAUCCAUUUUGUGGGGACGGACUUAAGCCUGGAGAAGAUUUUUCUUAUUCUCAAGCUGAUCUGCCUGGGAUAAAAGUCCACAAUCUUGGAUGGCUUGAUAUGGACAUUCCUACGACUUCUCAGAUGAUCACUAUUGUGCAGCUGAUAAGCGUGAUUAUUUCAAAAAAAGAAAAACUGAUAAUCCAUUGCCAUGCAGGAUAUGGAAGGACUGGGACUGCUAUUGCUGCUCAUUUGAUUUACAGCACAAAUAUGAAUGAUAUAGACACUAUUGAGUUUGUGAGAUCAAAAAGAAAAAAAAGUAUACAAAGAAGGUCGCAAUGCAAUUUCUUGAAAAAGUUUUAUGAGUAUAUUACUAGGAUUAGAGUGCUAUAUCCUAUUAAUCCUAUAUCUAUUCAUGACUUUUUCGCGAAUCAAUUGGCUUUAACGUAUGGAAAGGAAGGAGUUAAGCUGAAAGGAGUCCCAAAAAUAUUGAUUCAGUUGUAUAGUCAUAUUUUCGAAUUGGUUGAAACGCAAAAGUUUACGUCAGAACAAAUAUGUCUAGCUUUUUGUGACCCUGAUAAUGCAAUUUUUCAAUCAAAAGAAUAUAAAGAACUAAUUGACGAAAAAACAGACUGUAGCGUCGAUUCAAAAGUGUUCGCAAGAAAAGAAGAGCUUAAUUCUGGGAUCUGGAGGCUGCAAAAAGAGCUUGAUCCAAGAGUUUUAGCUCAACUUGCCUUAUUAUGAAUAGAGGAAAGUGUAGCAGAACCUAUUUUUGAUUCGAAUUAUAUUGAAGAAAUGAUAAUGGGAAUUGAUUAUAAAAUUGAAGAAACUGCGGAUGAAAUUGAUUAUUUCGAUAAAUAUCAAUUAAAAAUCAUACAUUCGCUUAAAAAAUUAAAAAAGAUCUAUCAAAUUUCCAAAGAGCAUUUAACGCUGAUAGGAAUUAGGCAUGUCAUUGCUUUACAAAAAUCGAAGCAGAAAUACUCUCAUUUCUUUGAAGGGAAGAAAAUGCUUAAUAUUACAGAAGAUAUCCUUGAUCCUGCUGAGGUAUAUUUACUGAGGAAAAUUAUUUCAAAUUAA